GAAGGGCCCUGCUCUGUACCCGAGGCCUUUCCAGGAAUGACAGUUUUUUGUUUUUGUUUUUGUUUGUCUUUUUCCUUUUUAUCGGUACCGUGGAUUGAACUCACAACUGCCUGCUUGCAAGGCAGGCGCUUAUGCCGCUGAGCUAAAUCCCCAGCCCCCAGGAAUGACAGUUAGGGAGACUGUUCAGGGCAGGUGAGGACUCAGGUUUCACUGGCAGUUGGGCUGUGAAGUCACAAGGUUCUGGUAAGGAAAGGAUGGUUCAGAAUUGCUCUUCUGCCCAACUGUGCCUACCUCCCAGGGAUCCUCUGAGGAGGAGACAAGAUGUAAGGGCAGAAACCCACUUUCCCAGGCUCUACAACCUUUGAUCCCAACUUCUUCAUCACUUUACAGCACAACCCCCAGCCACCCUCGUCCAGUGUCCGGCUUUGGUUAUUGGAGCACUGGCCCCAGGCUAAAUCCAGAAAUAAGGGCUGCUGGUGAAGCCAUGUCAGAGCUCGCUGACAGUCCCUUGUCAGGGAUGUCGCCCCCUUCACAACCCAGCACUGUCACCCUGGAGGACUUAGAUCUGCUCAUGGUAGGAGAUCUGGCCAGCCCUGAGCCCCUGAGUGUAGAAGAGAACUCCGAGAGGAAUGAGUCCAGCCCCCUGGUGUCCAGCUCCCCUCCCCCUGAGCAGGAUAUCUCCAAGCACUUGAAUGAGUGUGUGGCCAAGUUGCAAGCUGAGGUGGUGUCACUGCGGGGACACAAGGUGCACUGUGAGCAGGCUUCUCUGAGCCUGCAGAGGGAGCUGCUGCAAGUUCAUGGGCACAUGCAGCAGCAAUCCUCAGAGCUCCAGCAGCUGUGGCAAGAGAUUAAACGUGUGGCCCACGUCCCGGAGAAGGAGGUGCAGGUGUUUUCUGGGGCCCAGAACCAGAACCAGAUACAGAUCCUGGACAAAAGGCUGGUGGAGGUCCGUGAAUCCUUGACUCAGAUCAGGAGGAGGCAGGCACUGCAGGAUGCGGAACGGAAGGGCUCUGGGCAGGAGGCCAACCUCAGGCUAACCAAGCUGUCUGGGUGGUUGAGGCAGGAAGAGCAGGCCCGGGAGGCAGCCUACAGCUCUCUGCAGAAGAGCCAGGAGGACACCAGCCAGAAGGUGGACCAUGAGGUGGCCAAGAUGCAGGCCCAGCUCACCAAACUUGGGGAAGAGAUGAGCCUCCGCUUCCUGAAGAGGGAGGCCAAGCUGUGCAGCUUCCUGCAGAAGAGCUUCUUGGCUCUGGAGCAGAGAAUGAAGGCCUUGGAAGGCACACGGCUUGAGACAGAGAGAAGCUUGCGAGAGGAGCUAGAGGGCCAUUGGCAGAAGCUGCAGGAGCUGACUGAGGAACGUGUCCAGGCCCUGUGGGGACAGCAUGAGCAAGAGGAAGAGGGCUGCCUUCGGGAGCAGUGCCGGGGGCUGGAUGCAGCUGUGGUUCGACUCACCAAGUUUGUGCGGCAAAACCAGAUGUCACUGAGCCAUAUCCUGCUGAUGGAGCAAAAGGCCCGGGUCUCCAAGGUGGGCUUGGAAGAAAGUCAGGCUGAGGAGUUGGCCUCCUACAUGCAGGAGAACCUAGAGGCUGUACAGCUGGAAAGCAAGCUGGCCCAGAAGGAGACACAAGAUGCAGUGGAGCUGCUCCAAGAAAAGAGCCAGGUCCUGGAAAAAUCAGUAGCCAAGCUGGCGCAGCAGUUGAAGGACCUAGAUGACCACUGUUUGGCCCUGAGCUGGAGACUAGACCUGCAGGAGCAGACACUAGGCUUGAGGCUGUCUGAGACAAAGACUCAGUGGGAAGGUGUAGAGAGGAAGUCCCUUGAGGACCUGGCCCAGAGGCAAAAAGAGGUUGCAGCCCACCUGCAGGAAGUUCAAGAGAAGGUAGACCGCCUCCCCCAACAGAUAGAAGGUGUCUCAGAUAAGUGUAUCCUUCACAAGAGUGAUGCAGACCUGAAAAUCUUGGCAGAGGGCAAAGCCAGAGAGUUCGAGGUCAAGGUUAUGAGGCAGGAGCUGGCCACUCUGCUGUCAUCUGUGCAACUGCUCAAAGAGGACAGCCCUGGGCGGAAGAUUGCAGAAAUCCAGGGCAAGCUGGCCACGUUUCAGAAGCAAAUGAUAAAGUUAGAAACCAGCAUCCAGGCCAACAAGACCAUCCAGAACUUGAAGUUUAAUACAGAGACCAAGCUGCGUUCAGAGGAGAUAGCAGCCCUGCGGGAGAGCAUGCUGCGCCUGUGGAGUGAGAAGGGCCCGUGGCCACUAACACUGGGCAGCAGAAGGGUGUUCAUGUCCCUGGUGAGGCAGCGGUUUUUCAUCAAGGAUGUGGCCCCUGGCGAGCAGGUUCCUGUGAACUGUUGGGGCAUCUAUCAGGCUAUGAGGCUGCUGCCAGCAACCAAACUCUGGAGAAGGAGAUGGGACAGAAGCAAUAGGACCACUAGCGGGCCUGAGGAUGAACUGAUGUAUGUGGUCUCUGGAGCCCCUGCCAAGCCCCUUCCAGUGACAGGAGGCCUUUCUGGGAAGCUGUGGUCUGUGGAAGCCAGCCCAUAUAGGACUGUGAUGAAAGCCUUGACUGGCAGGAAUGCAGGGAAGUUUUCAGUUCACUUGAUUGAAGCUCCUGUUGCUCUAGGCUUCCAUGGGAUGGAUGGAGGUGGGACUUCCUUUUCCUAUGUCCAAGCUUUCCUCUGGCUGCUGCGACCCACAGUGAAACUCGGGGACUUCGCCUCUUGCCAACUCCCUCAAAUACUUCGGGGGUUUUCAGACUUUUUGCCAUGUAGUGGUUAGCUUCUUGGAGCCACUGUAAUCAAUGACCACAAACAAAUAGUUUUGGGGGCUGGAGCUCAAAUCAAGGUGUCACAACAAGGGUGAUUCCUUCCAAAGACUCCAGGGGGAACCUGCCUGGGCCUCUGCUCCUUAGGUUCUUGGCAAUCUUUGGUGCUCCUGACCAUGGCCACUUUGCUCCAGUUUUUGCCCUCAUCAUUUUUUAAAAAUUUUUGUUUUAGACCCUGUAGCCCGAGGUCAGUAUAACUAUACUUGAUAACAUUGGUUCAAUGAUAAAAUUGCCUAAUGCCAUAUUGCUCAGAAUAUAUCCCUAUUGUGAAGCUAUCUAUGGCUAUAUUUAAUUAAUUAAAAUUUAAAAAUUAAUUCUAUUUUAGAAUAAAGCAAAGCAAAAUAAAAUGGAAUAAAGCCAAUCCAAACAAGACAGUGUAACACAGGAUUUCAAAACAAGAUAAUAGGAAAUCAACAGUGGUUAUCAUAAUGCCUCUUAUUGUCUUCAAAAUAGCUGCCCAUACCUUCAGACAUAGUAAAACAAAACAGAAGCAGAAUACAACCAAUAAAAACAAAACAAUGAAUGCAAUGCAAAAUUUCAAAACAAAAUAGUAAAUCCAAACUCGCUACCAUAAUGUUACCAUUGAAAUAGCAGCCCAUGCUAUCAGAUACAACAAAAUCAAACGAGAUAAAAUGAUAAAAUGUAACCAAACAAAACAAUGAGAAUGAUACAGGAUUUCAAAACAAGAUAAUAGGGAAUUAACAAUGACCACUACCUUCAGAAGGAGCUCCCCUAUAUAUGCUACAUGUAUAGAUGAUCAGACUACAGGCUUUAGGCCUCCAAAGCCACUGAAACACUAAACACUACAAACAUUAAGUUGUAUUUUACCUCAUUAGCUAUCAUCACAGCCUGUGUUUCUGCAGAUCAGCCUGUUGCUUACUGGGGGGUGGGAGUAGGUGAGAUGUUGGCUGUUCCUGUCUCCUUGCCUGAACACCAGAAGGAGCUGGCAUCUAGCUCUUCCCCCAGUCAGCCUGCGCAUGGCACCAACUCACAGGAGCUCUAAGCUUCUUGUUGACUUCUUGUUCUCCUCCCUUGCAAUCCAUGAAUCUGGCCUCAUCUUUAUAGCCGGUUCGUGUGUGUGUGUGUGUGUGUGUGUGUGUGUGUGUGUGUGUGUCCUUCUAAUGUUACUCAUUAUUGGCUUUAGGACCCACACAAACUCACCAUGACAUUAGCUUAACUGAUAACAUCUGCAAAGACCCUCUUUCUAAAAAAAAGUUCACAUUUAGUGGUUUCCAAGUACACAGGUAUUUGCAGUCCAGCUACCUUCCAUAUAGGUCAUGGUUGCUACCCCAUUAUUACCACAUGUGGCUCUACAGGGCACUUUACUCCUUGCAGCAACCCACUGCCACUGGCCAGGAGGAUUUAGAUACUGCCUGCUGCGACUCCCAUUGCUGUUGGGAUUCAUUCCAAGAAUAGGACAACAGUUCCCUCCCAGCUUGACUUGUGCCCAAGAGCCCUGUGACACUUAAUGUCCAAAAUCUCCAGCUCCUGGAUCUUCACCUGUCCAGGAGGCUGGAAGGGUUGUGAACACCACACCACUUCUCCCUGGGUCCUUGCCCCUUGUCUCUAGUCCCACCCUCCUCAGGUGGGAGACAGCCUCCUCGUAUCCCAGGAGAUUCCAGUGCACUGGGGUCUGGGCCUUGCUAAUGACUGCAGUUAUUUCCUGGCAUCAGGAAGGCAGAUUUCAGUGACCCUCUAGCCACUUUGUGCUUGGUGCUAGUCAGCACCCUGGCCCCAAGGAUGAAGACCUCCAAUUGCCAACUCUGACAGGUUGCCCACAUCUCAGUAUGAAAUUGUAUGCUUGGUGUUUGAUCCUGAGAUUGGCAAGGACAGGUCGCCUUCAGGUCCCUGGGCAAGACUUCAGGGCAGAGGGAAGGUGACACCAUUAUCACAGCCUAUCAGGCCAUAUUACUGCCUCUUCCCAGGCAGGAAUCUCUGUCUGUGCCCCAGUGAGGCCAUGUCCCAGGUGAGCCUGUGUCCUAGUUGAGUCAUUAUCCUGGAAUGAGAUCCAUCUGUCCAGGCUCAGUUCUUAUUGUCCUGUUUGCUUGGGGACCUCUGUCCCCACAGAGUGACCUUAGGCUUGUCUGAGUCCAAGGCUCUAGCAUCCAAAGACACUUGUGCAGUACUGACUGUGGAAUAGCUCUGUCUCAGCCUCAGUGAUCUCCCCUCUGGCCCAGCACUGUGAAACUGUUAGUUCAGACCUGUAGGGACCUAGAGUUAGUAUUUUUGGUGACUGCCUAGGCUCGUGGAGCACUAUAUCCCCUCUGCUACUCUACGCUCCUGCCAGCUUAAGGUGCUUCAAACUUGGGCCUAUGGUACUCCUAUCUUGAUGUGCUCAGGACCCUACAGCUGGACCCCAGAGGGGCAGAGGUCACACCCUCUUUGGCCAAAGCCAUAGGGCCCUCUGCUACUGGACAUGGGAAGGAAGAACAGCACAAGGAAGUGUCUAGAAAGAAGUCCAAGGCCGCUCUGGCCAUGGGCCUGGGUCUGUAUGCUGCUUGCCUCCAUCUACCAGGUACGCAAGGAAGGAGUCAGCUGGAUGCCUUAGGAACAAGGUAGAGGUCCCUGCAGGGAAUGUGGACCAUGUCCAUAAGGUCCUAACCUGACUCGGAUAAGACAGAAAGGACAUGACAUGCUGUGUGCACCCACAAAUACCAGAUUACUCCAUUCAUCCCUGGGCUGGGCACUGCAGUUGGGGAAAGGAAACACAGCACUACCUUCAAGGAGAUUCUGAGCAGAGGAGGGGCUUUGAGGAUUCAGUGUGGGGGCCAGCUGCAAGGAGGCAGUGUGUUCCUACAUAGGGAAGAAUUUGAAAGGACUUCAGAUGAUGCCGUGGAUGCUGGGAGCUCUGGGCUUUCCAGAUGGCCAAAGUUCUUCCAAGGUGGCUAGGGUUCUUUCAAGACAAGGCAGGAGGUCAGAGUUAGAGAACGACUAGAAGAUUAGAAGCUGCUGAAAGUAGAAGGAGCUUCCAGGAGCUGGGAAACCUAAGGGAAGCAAAUAUCUCUAUUCAUCUCAAGUGUAACCUACGGACACCUUAAUUUCAACCCAGUGAAACCUGCUUGGGACCCCCUAACUUCUAGAACACCAAAUGUCAUUUAAGUCACUCAGGUGUGGCCAUUAGUUUUAGCACAGGAACAACAGGAGACUCACAAGAGGGACUGAGUGGCUGUGAAAUUAGGACAUUUUCCUCAGCCACAGGAAGCAUCUGACCCCACAACCUAGAUGACACCUUGAACAUCUGAGCCUCUGCUUGCCCCUCUAACACUGAUGAGUUGGAGAGAUAAUAUAUGAGGCUUUCGAUGCUGCUCCUGUGAGGCAAGGACAGGAGACAGUCAUUUCCCUGGGACUGCCAGCUUCUUCCAUGAGAGCCUGGUCUUUAAACCCCACACCUGUACACUUUCUUUCCUCUGUCCUCUGGCUCAGCCAUCUGGACAGUGGGUCUGUGGUAUGAUUUAGGAAUCUGCAAUGACCAAGGACAGAGGGGCCCAUUAGUACCAGAUGAAGAAGGCCAUCUACUGACGCCAGACUCUUGUCCUUGUCCUGGAGUAAUCCUGAUGAUUUUCUUUGGCUGACAAGCGGCCAGGAAUAAAAUCAUAGCCUGGGAUGGAAAAUUGUAGUGUGGAAAGAGAGCAGACCAGAUGGGGAAGACAAGGUUGGGCAGGGCCUGUGGUGCUGGCAUUGCAAACUUGGGAAUAGGGACAGCCUGAGGUAGGAGCCUGCACCAGUCCAAGUCAUGAAGGAGUUCUAUGGGGUGCACUGAAGGGUGAUGAUAGACAACAGGCCUAAGUAUCUUAAGGAAUAAAGCUGAGGACCUGCUGGGGAGGCCAAUAAAUCAUCCCUUUCUUUUCCCUUCUGAGUUUUCUACCCAUUCAAGAUAGACUAGUUUGUCAGACAGGCAUGAGGGCUCUGGUUUUUAUUUCUGGUGAGGCUGGACUAGAGCACAGCAGCCUGAGGGGUUGCUGUCAUUUUCUCAGAGUCAUUGUCUGUUUAUGUCUAGAGGUGUUGGACAGGUGUGCUCCCCCUGCACCGGUCCAUCUGGGCUCUUUAGUGAGCUGAGGCCCAAGCAUAUGUUUCACUGUCUGUGGGCAGUGCUUGGCCCAGCACACCUGUCCUCUGCCCCCAUAAGCUCACAUCCCAUCUUCAGGUCUCAGUCCCUGGGAAGAGGCUCUGUCCUUCCAGAGGUAUAGCCCUGCCUGUCCUGGGGCACCCCAUAUUGAUCUCCCCAGGAAAAUCAAUAGCUCCAAUAUGUCACCUCUCAAGUGGCCUUACAAUAAAUUACCCUACCAAUAAGCACACAGAGUUGUAGCCUCCAACUCCCAUUAGUGGGACAUUAGGCCUCCCAUGAAAUUUCUCUGUGAGCUUUGAGAUAAUGAAAGCUGAGGUGUCUGUGUGUAUCCCAGGGUUAAGCAGCGAGGUGACCUAGCUGGCUUAGCACAGAGCUUCUUAGCAAGGUACCUGAGGACAGACACAGGAAUGGGGCACUUCAGUGAAAGGAUGUCAGGAAGGACAGCAGAACUGGGCAGUCCUGAGCUGAGGGGCCCAAGAAGGCAGGACCUUGUCUAGACUAGCUGCUGUCAGAAGCCAGGCAAUACCAUGGUGGGAUAGCAGUAACACUCUUCUGGGGCUAUCAAAACCAAAGACCAUUGAGCUGAAUAAGCUGAGGCCCGAGGGAUCAAAUCACGUUCAGACAUGUCUAUUUCUGUCCUUCAUCCAGGACAUUAAUAAAGACUGAGAUGAACACACUGAACUGCCCCAGGGUGAAGCUCAAGCCUCUAUCCAACUUGUGUUUCUGGACCUGCAUGACUUUCUUGGGCAGCUUGUGCUCUUCUUUUCCAAAGCAUCCCAACUAAGCAGCUGUCUCACCCUUUUAGCAGCCCCUACUACAGUCCAAUCUUAGUCACAGGCCCUCAGCUAUCGCUAGGAAAGCCAUCUAGAAUGUACACCACACACACUUGAGUCCCCUUCAUCCAGGCAUAAUAAGGACCCAGGUCCCUGCAGGGAAGGUUGGUGUGGCAAUGAUUGUUUUAAGGUAGAGCAGGUAGGAUGGGGCCCGGGAAGGGCUGGGAAAACAGGUGCCAUUGUUGACACAGCAGCUGUGAAUGUCCUCCAGGCCUGGGCUCCCAGACUCUGAGGUAUCCUAAGCUCCAAAAACCUCCAGCCCUUGCUAGUUCUGUCUAGUGCCUGUGAAAGUGCCUGGGGGUGAGGACCAUGAUGAGUCUGGGGCUUUCCUCACCAAGAAAUGGGCACGUGAGACAGUGGGCUUCAGAUCACAGGUAGGUUGUGAUUUUUUUGUCCUGUUUUAUUUUUUGGUACUAGGGAUUGAAUCCACUCGGUACUAGGGAUUAAGUCCAUUAAACUAUAUCCCCAGUUUUUUCAUUUUUGCUUAUUUUUCAGACAGGAUCUCACUAACUCACUGAGUUGUCCAACUUGGGCAUCCUGCCUCAGCCUCCCAGAAUUCUGGGAUUACAGGUAUGUAACCCCACUCAGCCUGUGAUCUAAUUUUGUGUGUCCCUAGAGCACAUUAUGUCUCUUGGAAAGGGGCCUUUCAGGACCACCUGACCACACAUGCAGCGCUGGAUGGCUACAGGUAACAGUCACCUCAAGAAUGUCAAGUCCACUGACCUGGGCCUAGGAAGGAGACCCAAAGAAACAUCAGGGCAGAAUUGGGUGACAGGGGACCAACUUGAAGGGAAAGAAACCAGCCUCUCCAAACACUAAGUAGGAAGGACAAAAGUCAAUGUUUUCUGGCCUCCAACAAAUCUUGCAGUUGGAAUGGGUUGAAUUCAUAUUUGAGACUCUGGAUAUAAGAAAUGGAUAUGCUUUACAUUGUGCUACCUGCCUAUAAUCCCAGCACUCAGGAGGCUGAAAUAGGAGGAUUGCCAUGUGUUCAAGGACAGCCUGAAAUACAUAGUGAGACCCUGACUCAAAAAAGAAAAGAAAAGACACUUACAAUGACAACCAUAAUGAAAGACAUAAUGACCUCAAAGCAGAUACAGAUUUUAAAAAAUAGUAAAGUUUGGAAAAAUGAUGGAAAUCAUGAAUGCCCAUUAAAUGAAAGAAAUGGAAUCCAUGAAAUACAUUCAAACAGAUGUCCAGGAGAUUAAAACUUCCACAGUAAGUAUAUAAAACAGAAUGUCUAGAAGACAGAGUUGUGGUUAGUGAUCAUGAAAAGAAAAACUUCUUUUUUUUAAAGAAAAACUUCUUAAAAAUAGCAAGGGACCACAAAAAAAUCACUCCAACAGGUACUAGAUUAUGCAAAGACUAACAUAAGAUUGAUCAGCAUCAAUGAAAAAGCAGAAAAUAGCACAAAUAACAUAAAAAAAUCUCCACAGAAUCAAUGGCAGAAAAACUCCCAAGCAGGGAAAAAGAACUUAACAUACAGAUAAGUGAAACAUACUUAAGUCAUAGUCAUGAUAAAAAAAAUUACAUCAAGACAUGAUAGUCAAGACUCUAGAAAUUCAACACAAGAAGAGAAUAUUAAAUGCUGUUGGAGAAAAAAAAUGAAUCACCAAUAAAGAAAAGUCCAUCAAAAUCACAACAGACUUCUCAACACAAACAAGUCAAAGAGAGCUUGGAGUGAAGUAUUUUAACCAGGGAAGACUGAUGUACUGCACAAAACUAUCUUUCAAAAUUGAUAGAGAAAUAAGAUACUUCCAUGAAAAAGAAAACCUGCAGGAAUUCCUUGACCACCAAACUAGCAGUCCAAAAUAUUCUGAAAGACAUUCUAGAAAGAGAUAACAAGGACUAUACCUCCAUGAAUCCCAAUGGAAUGAAUCCAACAAGCAAGGUAAAUAAUUUAAACAGAGAGCAAAAAGGGAACUAACAACAGGGAAAUGACAUGACAAGGAUAAGUGCAUAACAAUUAUAACCAUCAAUGUUAAUGUUUACCAAUUCAGCACUCAAAAGAAACAGACUGGCACAAUGGAUCAGGCAACAAAAUCCAACAAUGUGCUGUACACAAGAAACACAUUUAAUUAAAAAAAAUUCAAAGACUGAAAGUCAAAGGAUGGAAAACAAUACUCCAUGUGACACAUAAAAAAAAAAAAACAGAGACAGUUAUUCUAUCUGCAGAUAAAGUGGGUUUCAAGCCAAGAUUGAUCAAGAGAGACAAAGACAGUUACUACAUCCUUGUAAAGGGAAUAAUCCACAAGGAAGAGAUAAUAAUCAUAAAUACAUAUGCACCAAAUACCCAAGUGCAAGCUUUUACUGUUAAAUCAGGAACAAGAUAAGGAUGUUCACUGUCACCAUUCUUCUUCACUACAGUUGUGGAAAUAUUAACUAGAGCAAUUAGAGAAAAGAAAGAAAUAAAAGGAAUAAGGAAAGAAAGCAUUUAAAGUAUCAUUUGUGAAUGACAUAAUAAUAUGUUACAUAGAAGGCCCCAAAACUCCACUUCUAGAUUUAGUAACCAAAUUCAUUAACAUAGCUGGAUACAAAGUCAAUACUCAAAACCAAUAGCAAUAUCACACUGGGAAUGGCAGGGUGGAGGUAGGGUCUUGGUUGUGAGCAAAAACACCUGUAUCACCAUGAGGCCUCUCUAAAGGGUCACCUUGUAAGCUAGAUCUCUCCUUGUCCGUUCUCUGGGACUCUUAUUAGACACUAUUCGCUACUUAGAACAAAACAAAGAAAAGCACCAGAUUUCAUUUGGGGAGAAAGGAGUUCAAGGUUUCUGAGUCCUAUAGUUGACUGCCCCAUGUAAAAAAGAAGGGAUGAGAAAUGAUAUUAGGGUGUGGCAAACUGGCUAACAAGUGUGCAUUACCUGUCAGUCACUGAGAUUGAGGAUGUAGAUAGAAAAAUAGUUUCAAGAACCUUAACCUGUGGCAGAAAGUGCUAUCUUCUAUUAUUCUCUCCAGAAAUCAAGCAAGUUUGUGAUAGGAUGGUCUAAAUCUGAAAGCAGCCUGAGGGAUGGGGGAUACAAAAGAGGUGAUCUUUUUUUUUUUUUUUUUGUCUUUUUCCUUUUUAGCGGUACCGGGGAUCAAACUCAUGACUGCCUGCUUUACAAGGCAGGCGCUUAUGCCAAAAGAGGUGGUCUUUAAGCUCUAGGCCACUGUUCUCACUAAGUGGUGCACUCUCUACAGAGUGUACUUUUUUUUUUUUUUUUUUUUUGGCUUUUUUUCAUUUUUAUCGGUACCAGGGAUCGAACUCACGACUGCCUGCUUUCAAGGCAGGUGCUUAUGCCGCUGAGCUAAAUCCCCAGCCCCUGUACUUCUUUUCCUAUAUUUAAUAAAUGCAAAAUCUCACUACAAUA